UUUAGUUGUUCGGUACAAGAGACGGGAGCUCGGUCCGUUAACCGUUUUUCCCGAUAUUUAUUUGCACAAAAGUUGUCAGUCAGCGGCGGUAACAGUUUAUAUAGCUCAGUCGUGUUUACUUGGCUACAGAGAUGAGCGGAAAGUGCGAGCUGUAAGCUUUAAACACACUGGUAUUUACAUUAGAGACUCAGUUCAGCUGAGCGACGGUUGGUUGGUCGGUUGGUUGUUUGUGUUGGGCGGUUAUGUGAGGUUGUUUUAAUUCGUCUCUUCAGCCCAUUUGGAAUUAUAUCGUUAUACCGUUGAGGAUGAACGGGAGGUCGGUAAACGGCAGCGGGCCGGGAGCAGCAGGAGGGGCUCCGUGCUGUAUUGAAGGAUUACCGCCGCUGCCCAAGAGCCUGAGCGGCCUGCUGAAUUCGAGCGGCGGCUCGUGGAGGGAGAUCGAGCGCAUGCACGCCAAGAAGGCCAUGAUUCAGGACGACCUGCGGCGCGCGCGCACCACCGGAGGCGCGUUCCCGACCGACCGGGCUGUCCCGACCAAACCAGCCAACCUGGACGCAGCGCUGGCUCUGCUCAGGAAAGAAAUGGUGGGUUUGCGACAACAGGACAUGUCUUUGCUUUGCCAGCUCUGGUCCCUGCACGAGUCCAUUCAGGAAUACAAGGGCAGCUGCCAGGAAGCCGGACCGGGCGCUAUGGACAACGGCUACUUUGACGAAGACGACGAGUUCUACACCGACUCUGGUGUCACACCCACUGAAACGCCAGAAGAGAGCGAGACUACGCCAACGCGUAACGGGGCGUCAGAGGACACGUGGCUCCACGAGUCUUUCCGCAUCGCAAUAUGAUUAGCAUGGAUUUGCUUCAGCUGAAACUCAAGGCCAACGCUGUUCUUCAGGAUACUGAGCUGUGAUGCUGUCAUUUAACUGACUUCAAAAAGUUUUCCAGCAGACUUUUCCUUUUUAUAUAUUAUGAUAAACCAAGAUUAUUUAUUAUAUAUACAACAAUAUAGCAUUUCUUCUUGAUUUUGUGGAAAGACUUCAUGAGUGGUGAUGCAUGUCUAGAACUAUAUUUCCGCUGAAACAGUACAGUUCUGAUUUUGGGCUCAAUUCUGCUGAAAUUCAGCCUGAAGGUGGAGAACUUUCUUAAAGUUCGAGGAUGAUGGGAAGAAAUGUGAUGCUGGAAAAGUGCACCUACAUCUGCAUUCUUUUAUUUGGCAGAUGGUUUGCAUGGGCUGUAGCCUCGGUUAAGCAUUAUAAAAUGCUGGGAGUUGAACCAAUGCAGAACCUCAAAUGCUGACCUCUUAACGGCUUCAGUAUUAUGUCUUAAAAUGAAGUGCUUCUCCUGUUUUCAUGAUUUUAUUACAUCUACAAGCAGUUUUACAGCAGCCCUUUCCUUCCUGAGAACAUGCUGAAUCCAAAAAGGUUACAUGAUGUCAUAGUGGGAUUCAGUUGAAAGUUUGGGCCCUGUACACAUUUUCUCACUGUGGCAUAAAUUACCCACACAGUCUGCUCGCUGCAUCAUGCAUUAUUUUUCAGUCUACACUCUUUUUUUUAACAUAUCUAACACAUAAUUAAAACUAUGUACAGCCUCUGGAACUUUGGACACUCCUGGUCACCUCUCAUGCUUUGUUGAUUUUGUAAGUGAAUUAGUGAAGUUAAAACAAAUAUGCACAUUUUAGUUUUUAACCACAGUUCACUUACUCAAAUUAAUAUAUUAUUAGUUUUCAGUUCAGCAAAUAAAAUCGUCUUGUAGACGUCUUGUGCACGCUCGUGCACUACAAUCUAAAGAGAAAGGGUCAUGUCUAAGAGAAAGUGCAACAGCUCUUAGACAAAUUUGACUAGGGGUGUCUAAACCUUUCCUUAAGACUGUAGGUUACUGUGUAUAUCAAUACUGCAUAGUGCUAGCAUGGUGCUUUCUGCUUUUGAAUGUCAAGGGAGUAAUCUAGCCUACGCACAAUGCCUUAAUAAGAUCAUCUACACGAGUUAUGCAGUACGGUGCUUUUAUUUUUCAUUUCUAACAAAACAAAAAAUGCACAAAACCAAAGAUACAAGGUUUCAUACAUCUUUAUUGCAGCAGGUCCGAUUCCACUGGCCAGCCACUCAUGCACCAGUUACAGUGAAAUCUACAUCAGUAACGAAACUAAGACUAUAACCUCUAUAGUGUUUUUCAUUCGUACAUGUUUACGAGGAAUCCUAACAGCUGGGUUAAAAGACUCUCUGAAGCAUUGCGUGCUUGCAUCUCAGAUCAAUUUUUUUUCCUUUAAAUGCGCUUCAGUCAUGUUCACCACAUUGUGGAAACCAGAGUCAACUGAACCUGAUCAGAAAAGUUGAAGGAAGAACCAUGUAGGCAGUCAUUGUGUGUGUGAACUUUCACCUGAAACAUCACCGCUUCCUCACCUAGUGCCUUUGAACACCGGGAACACAAUCCAGGCUCUCUGGAUCUGAUCUGUUUAAAAUUUGCAGAAUUGAUUUACAUCAGCGUAUCAUUUCAAUGUAAGUGACUGUCCUGUUAUUUAUGUCAAACACAAUGAGACCGCCACAAACGUCUUCUUACCCGUAACCUAUCCACCAUGUUGAAAUCCCAUUCACUUAUAGAGGUGUGUUGUUGCUGGUGGACAAAAUGUGGUGUCAGUUUGUACUGUUUCACUGAUUCCACUUUUUGAAUUCAUAAUAAUUUUGUAAACGAGUAGUGACAGAACUUGUGUAUCUGGAGUGGAGGUGGCAUUAAGGUUGCAUGUGUGUUCAUCAGAAAGACGUUCUGCUGUAUGUUUGGGGGGGGGAUUUUAUAUGCUCUUUUUAUAUCCGUUAUUAAUUGUAUUAUUAUAUUAAAGCAAUAUAUCAUAUCAGACAAAAAA